AUGCCGCCACGCAAAUCUACGUCUUCGAUGACGCCUGCGGACCCAGAUGACACAUCGCUCUUGUCACCUGUGGCACCGACCUCUGACAAGCCCAUUACUGCGACGGAGCAGCAGAUCAAGGCGCGGGCUGAGUUGGGUGUUAGUGUCGAUGACUACCUCCUCCCUCGCUCUUUAACUAUUCGUCUGGCGAAAUCCGUCCUUCCCCCCAAUACCACAAUUCAGAAGGAUGCUGUCCUGGCUAUUCAGAAGGCGGCUACGGUAUUUGUUUCGUAUCUAUCCUCACAUGCCAACGACGCGACCCUCAAACGAACCCUCGCUCCCGCAGACGUCUUCGCCGCCCUCUCAGAAAUAGAGUUUGAUUCCUUCCGCGGCCGAUUGGAGCAGGAGCUUGAAGCAUUCACGGAGAUCAAGGCCGGCAAGCGGAAGGUGAAGAAGGCUGAUGCGAAUGGUGCUGGCGCUACCGAUGUGGUCGCCGCUGCGGACGAGGAUGUUGAGAUGGUGGAUAACCCGGCUAAGAGGGUGAAGCGUGAUGGGGAGGAUGCGGUGCAGGAAGGUGGAGAUGGAGAUGAGACGCAGGAGGAGGAGUUGGAAGAGGAGGAAGAGGUUCACCAUGAAGAGGAUGAAGAGGAGGAGGAAGAUGAGGAGGAAACGCAGGAGAGGGUUGAUGAGGAUAUUGAUCGGGUAGAGGAUUUGGAUGGGACUGUUAGACCUACUGAUCCGGAUGCUGAGGAUACGGAUGAUGAUGAUGAUGGACCAGCCAGUCAGUUGCGUGAUGAUCUUGGACUUGGCUAA